UCACAGUACUAGUGUGUGCAAGCCUUGCUGAGAAUCGUCUGGUCAUGGCGCGGUCUGCGAUCUUACUAUGGACAAUAUGUGUGUCUUUGACAUACGGUCAGAAGGAUUCAUACUCCAAUAUCAUGGGAGGGAUCCAUGGUCUCCCAGAACGAGUGAUACAAACCAAACUUCUGCAGUCACAGAUAAUGGAUUCGGAUUAUACUAAGCCAGGAGUUCGGCUAUUCUCCAUGGUCUCGCAGCUGUCUCCAUUGAACAGGGAGGGCUUUUUAUUGUCUCUCCAAGACAUAUUUCCUAUGCUGAAGAAUAUCACCCAGUACAAUGUUUCAGAAACGUGCCUUAAUCACACUGAACGAUUUUUCGAAGGCUUGUUGGACAGAGAGAUGUGGAGUUUCAGAAUGCUGGAUGCUGUAGGCAAGCCUCCUAGUGGUCUGUUGAAUUUUGACCUGAGCUGGUAUGGUUCAUAUGAAGAGUGUACAAACAUCACCAUCCCCGAAUUCCGUGGGAAAUACUGCUCUGUCAACUUUCCUCUGGUUAAAAGUCAAAGUGCGCAAUCUCCUAUUGCCUUGGGGAUACUCCCAGGUAUCAACAUUGGUGUCUGUGUGCCCAGCAGCUGUAGCGGCCAGGAUGUGUCCAACUUCAUCAAUACAGUGUUCUCAGUGACAGUAGAUCGUAUAAAUACUGGAAAUCUUAGUUUGGAUGCUGGAUUCACCACCUGUCAGGAAAAUGACCUAAAGUUUGAUACAAAAGCCACUGUGGUGUUGGUGAUUUCUUGCCUGUUCCUGGCACUGUUGGUGAUAGCUACUCUGUACGAUCUAGUGUAUAUACAAUGGCCGAAGAAUAAAACCAAGGAAUAUGAGGAAAUUGAUAAUGGUGUACCCACCUUCACACAUAAGAUACGAGGUACUGAAGGGGAAUCACAGCCCCUAUUAGGAGCCCCUGAUAUCGGAGUCGUGGCAGCACCAGGAAUACUUGUUCAGGCCCUGUUAGCCUUUUCCGUGUACACCAAUGCCUGUAAGAUCCUGAACACCCAUCAAGGCCCAGGGUCUAUUACCUGUCUAAAUGGAGUGCGCUUCCUCAGUAUGAGCUGGGUGGUGUUGGGUCAUGCCUUUGCCUUUGGGAUAGGUUCUGCAGAUAACCUGGCGACGUAUUUCCCAGAGUUUAUGAAGACUUGGACAGCCCAUGCUAUAUUAAAUGCUCUUGUGUCUGUUGAUUCCUUUUUCACAAUCAGUGGACUCCUCUUGUCCUACCUUGUACUGAAGGAAAUGAAGAAGAAGAAUGGCAAACUGAACUGGGGCAUGUUUUAUUUUCAUCGAUUCUGGAGACUGACUCCACCAUACAUGCUAUUAAUGAUGGUCUAUGUGCCCCUGUUCCGCUAUAUGUUUGAAGGACCUAAAUGGAUGCAGGGUGGCACAGAAAAAGACUUCUGCUCCGACACCUGGUGGACAAAUCUGUUGUAUAUCAACAACUUAGUAAAAACAGAUAAAAUGUGUAUGGGAUGGUCCUGGUACCUGGCCAAUGACAUGCAGUUCUUUGUCCUCAGUCCUUUGAUGCUUGUACCUUUGUUCUUUGCACCGACCAUUGGCCUCAUUGUGUGUAUGAUUUUCAUGCUGGCGACUCUUAUAACUGCUGGGGUGAUCUCCCGCGUCGAGGGAAUGCCUCCCUCAAUGGUAGGGGGAGGAGGAACUCCAGCUGGUGCUAAGGACUACUUCAAUGACUACUAUAUUGUACCGUAUUGUCGUAUUGGGACCUAUGUGGUCGGAAUCAUAACUGGAUACAUCCUCUACAAGACUGAAUGUCGUUGUCGCAUCAACAGGUAUGUGAACCUGGUAUGUUGGUUGUUAGCAGCAGCAGUGGCAUGUUCUGUAGUUUAUGGCCUGUACGACCCAAUAAAUGGCCAUCCAUUGAGUUUAGAUGUGUCAGCCCUGUACAACACCACCAACAGGAUUGCCUGGGGAGUCAGUAUAUGUUGGGUUAUCUUUGCCUGUGCCACUGGUAAUGGAGGUUUUGUGAACACCUUACUGUCAUGGAAGGCCUUUAUCCCUCUGAGUCGACUGACGUACUGUGGCUAUCUGAUACAUCCAAUUGUCAUGUUUGCUUUCUACUUCAGCCACCAAACACCUAUACACUACACUAACUUUUCUUUGAUCAUGAUCUAUUUGGGCUUCCUCUGUCUGACCUUCAUGGGUGCUUUUAUCCUUUCCCUAGCCUUCGAGGCUCCAUUUAUGGGUCUGGAAAAGGUGAUCUUCAAGCGAGAAAGAUCUGAGAAGAAGUGAUCUCGUAAUGUUGUAAUUGAAAAUGUAUUUUAUUGAAUGAUUUUCCAUGGAAAAUGUCUUGAAUGUAUGUUUAUAUUUCCUUUGCUGUACAAUAUAUUUGAAGGGGUAAACAUGACCUAGAACUGCUAUUAGAUCAGUUAAACUUGUUAAACAGUUAACAACUUGAAAAAUUGAACAUUGAAAUAUGAUAAUUAUCUUCAAAUCUCCUGCUUGGCAUUGAUCAGUGUUAUUUUGGCUUUGUCCAGAAACUUACAGGUAAUAUUGUUACAUACACUCAGGAAAUAUGUAUAGAUUUAGUGCUUUUAAUUUUACAUUUUUAACAACGACAUUUAAUAGUUUAAGUGAUAAAGCUUUAGAUAUUUUUUAUUGCAAGCUAUUUAAUAAGAUACAAUGAGAAAUAACAGAAUGUUUUAUGUCAUUUCAUGAAGUUUUUAUAUACCUCCUGAAAUACAUUAGGAUUUAGUUUCCUGAGCUCAGUUUGAACUCACCAAAAAAAAAUAAAACCAAAGCGUCUUAUUGAUCCAUACCAUUUCGGUACAAGUGAAGUCAGUAACUUUUUUUGUUUUGUUUAUAAAACAUGAAAAUAAAAAGAUCUUUUUAAAUGAAUAUCAGUUAUUUUCUAAACCAUGAGAUGAUUUUUUGAAAAAUUUUCAUUCCAAUUUACCUUGUUAAUAGUAUGUUUGUCUGUACACUAAAUGAUACAGAGAGUAGAGGUUCCAUUUACCUAUGAUAUACUGUAAAAAUAUAUAUUUAUGUGGUAAUCAUAUUUUAGCCAUUUUUGUGCUGGAAUAUUGCACUAAAUCAGGAUUUCUAUAGAAAAUGAUGUGGGUGCACCAAUUCAUUAUUGCAGUAUUCUGUUUAAGUUUUGUUAUGCGCCAAAAUAAGUACAUUUACUAUCUUUAUAUGGUUCCUUUUCAUCAGUGUGUGGUAUACACAAUCUCACACUUCAUUAUGUCAAUCUAAUUCUUUAGAUUUGAUUUUUAUUCUCUGUGUGCCAUUAUAAUCUAGUGGAUCAGGAAAGGUUCUAUUGUCAUAUUUAUCCUUAAAUAAGCCCCCCCCCCCCCCUAGUGUAAAACUCUUGUACCAUAUUUAUCUUCAAAUAAGCCCCCUCCCCUAGUGUAAAAGUCUAGUACCAUAUUUAUCCUUAAAUAAGCCCUCUCCACUAGUGUAAAAACCUAGUACCAUAUUUAUUAGCCCCCUCCCCUAGUGUAAAAGUCUAGUACCAUAUUUAUCCUCAAAUAAGCCCCCUCCCCUAGUGUAAAAGUCUAGUACCAUAUUUAUCCUCAAAUAAGCCCCCUCCCCUAGUGUAAAAGUCUAGUACCAUAUUUAUCCUCAAAUAAGCCCUCUCCACUAGUGUAAAAAUCUAAUACCAUAUUUAUCGUCAAAUAAGCCUCAUCAUAUAGUGUAAAAUGUCAUUGUUCAAGUUUGGGGAGGGUUUUUUGUGAACCACUUUUCUAUAGUUUACUCUUUUAGAAUUGAGGAUUCUACAAAAAUGAAGAAAUGGCUUACUGAUAUUUGUAGGCAGUGACUUAUUUUGGAUAAUUAUGUUAUAUUAUUUCUAUGAUCUAAUUAUAAAGAUCUGUUUUAUUUUAAUCCUCCCAUUCUCCACUGUAAUCUAGUGACGGGGGAUAGAGUAUAUACUAUUGUACACUUCAUUAGGAUCUUAUUUCAUAGAUCUCACCUUAUUUUUAACCUGUUUGUCUAAUACCAUUCUAGUAGUUUUUAAUGCAUUAUAUCUUGUUUCAUCUUAUACAGAAAUAUACAAUUAGCAACCGAUAAUUUGUUAACAAAGGCAACAUUAUAGACAUUCGAGCUAGGAAGACUGGUACUAUAUUGUUAGUAAUAUUCACCAGGGUAUAUAAUUUCAGUACAUUCACUGUCAUUAAAUUAAGUGUGAUGAUAAAUACCCAGAAACCAUUCAUAUACACACAAAUGUACAGAAGUGUUUACUGCUUAAUGUUUACAAGGCGGUGUUGUGUGGAAUUUAAUACCUGUUCGAACUGGGACAAGCAUGAAAAUAUAAAGUCUCGUGAAAUUUAAUAGUUAUACAGUGUUAGAUAUCUGAUGUCCAAGCAAGGAUGGUAUCAAAUAUCUGUUAUAGGAAGGCUGGUGUUAGAUAUCUGAUGUGAUAGGAAGGCUGGUGUUAGAUAUCUGAUGUGAUAGAAAGGCUGGUGUUGGAUAUCUGAUGUGAUAGGAAGGCUGGUGUUGGAUAUCUGAUGUGAUAGGAAGGCUGGUGUUAGAUAUCUGAUGUAAUAGGAAGGCUGGUGUUAGAUAUCUGAUGUAGUAGGAAGGUUAGUAUUAGAUAUCUGAUGUAAUAGGAAGGCUGGUAUUAGAUAUCUGAUGUAGUAGGAAGGUUAGUAUUAGAUAUCUGGUGUUCUAGAAUGGCUGAUAUUAUAUAUCUGAAGUGCUUGGAAGGCAUGUGUUGAAUAUCUGAUGUAGAAGGAAGGUUAGUAUUAGGUAUCUGAUGUGCUAUAAUUACAGAUGUUCCUGUUUUAAAGCUUGUAUGAAGAUAUUUUUGAUAGUUGCUUGUAGAUGUUGCAGUAUAUUUUUUUACAAUUAAUUUGCUUUUUGGAUAAUAUUGUGAUAAUAACUGUGAUUUACUUUCUUUUAUUAUUCAAAAUUAGUAUACUCAGGAUUAUAACCAUUUAAUCUGUCGGUCUGUAUGAUUCCGAAUGAUUUUUAGUCAGAGUCUGUACCGAGGCCAAAGUUGUUACGAUUGUUUACCUGUCUACCUGUACAUUAUGUGUUUUUCGUUCUAAUAUCAUUGUUUCUUUUAUGCAUUUGAAUUGACAUGGCUAAAGAUUUUAAUUAACUGAAUUGGUUUCUAUAAAUUAUUAUGUCUUAAAAAGUAUUUUCAAUAAAAGUAUAGACUUAUUAUUAAAUUUAAAAUGAUUUCCCAUAAUUGGAGGAUUUGGAAAAAUAGCUAUCUGGUGAUCAAUGUUUUUAUUAAAUUGUUUUUCUUGAACUUAGGUUCCUGAAAUAUGAACCCACUGUUUCAAAAUAUUCUCAUGGCUGGUAUUUAUUUAUUUUUUUUUUUUUUUUAGUUUAAAUUUUUUUUUUUUAAGUGGGAUCAUAAUCUAUUAAAAAAAAAGACAGCAUUGUGGAAAAAAGUUUGAGGUGUUUUUAUUGAGAUGUGUGGCAAGUUUGAUGGUCUUCUGUUAAGAAAUGAGUUUUAUACAGCAAAAUUAUACUGAGGUAGGACAAGUACAAGGGACAACAGCGUGAGAACAUUUUUAUUUCUCAGGUGCAUGUAAUUAUUGCUGAUGUUGUGUGCUUAAUUUUACAAACCAUACAAGAUAUUUUUAUAAAGGCAAAAACAAUCAGGAAAUUUGCUCAGAAUUGUUGACUACUAUAUUGAGUUCUCAACACUACAAUACUGCUGUACCCUGCCGGCUCAGAACAGAAGGGAUGGAACAUGUUGGUGAUUUAGGAGUGACCAAAGCUGAGGCUUUGAUAAGACAACCUAAAUGUUAGUACAUGUACAUGUAUUAUAAUUAACAGCCAAGUUAAUAUCAGUCCAAUUCAUCCUCAUUUAAUGUCCUCAAUAAAUUUGUAUAAUUUAAAUCAAGUACAACAUGUAAAUAUACUACUAAUAAAAAUAUAUGUAUGUAUAUGGCCCUUUUAAAAUAGAGAUCUGAUACAAUAUAUAUUUAUUGUUAUCUUGUAUUUAGUGCUUUUCAACACAGGUCAUAGAACUGAUAAGCCCCCUCACAGUUUCAUAAAAAUAUGUAUUGUUUUACUAGAAGUAUUCUUAAUUAAGAAAUAUUUUUAACAUGAGUUAAAGGUUUCUGUGACCUAUUGUGAUCCAUAUUCGUCUACAAUUUAUUAUUUAAUAAAGUUUUCAUAUUUUGAAAUUUUUAUGGACCUACAGUAUUCUACGGUGAUGGAUCUGGAGUAUGGACUUUGUGAAGUUUUCGCUUUCAUAUGUAAAAAGUUUUGUGUGUAACCAAAAUAUAUAUAAGUUGUUUUUUUUUAUAUCAUUUGGGCCCCAAAUGGAACAUCAAAUGGAACAAAAAUGUUGAAUAUAUUUCAGGCGUACAGGUAUAUAGGUUAAGGCAAAGUGACACAAAUAGUAAUUUCUGCCGCUUGCAGAGUAAUGCCCCUUUAAUUACCUUGUCUAUAAAACCAAGAGACAUUAUCAUUUAUUGAUAAAAGGCCGAGGCAUAUAACACUGUCCCAUGUCAUUAUUACUGGGACUAUCUAUAGGAAGCCAAUCUCAUUAUUUCCCGCAUCUAUGUAUAUUACACCUUAAUGUAUGAAAAGAUACCAGAUAUGGACCAUAAUUUUACAUUUAAUAGUGUUAAAUUCAAUACAAGGACUAGACCAAAUUAAGUAUGCUAAUAAAUUCAGUUAGUUUGACCGAAAUGUAGUAUAUUCCAAAUAAUCAUAUAUAUAAUGUAGAGAGACUUGGGACUAAAAUAUAGAAUUUAGCUGCAUUUUUAUAUCAUUUCUGAUAAUAAAAGUCCCAAAUUGUAUGUAAUGUUUGUGGAAUUUGUGUAUAACACUAUAGACAACAUAGACUAGCUGUCUUAUGGAGAUCCCAUGCUGUAAAUCCAUGUAGAGAAUAGACCCACUGGCUAAUGAAAUGUUCAUCUGGAAGUUGGUUUGGACGGGUAUUACCUGCCAGGCACUUUUAUUACAUUGUUUAGAAUUAUGAUAUUUGAAUCAAAUUUUGAUAUUGAUUCAAAUAAAAUUGAAACUUUUAUGAAAAAAGAUUACUGCAUGCCACAAUGAAAUUAUAGACCUAAACAAACAUUAGAAUUAGAUAGUUGUAAAUUGUCUUCAGAACAGAAUCUAACAAUUAUUAUCUGUUAAUAUUUAAUGCAUGUGACCAAGGCGGAGGAUACGAUAAGGACUAGGGUGGUGUUUUGUGAUUGUUCUACAACGGUGUGAUGUUCUUUUCUGUAUAACAGAGCUGUGUUUGAGAACUAUGUUGCCUGUACAUGUAUUUAGAUUUACAAUACUUGUUAAACAUAAUGGUGGCAAAACCCCACUCAGGUUUGACUUACAAUGAUUACAUUUAUUUUUAUGUGUAUUAAAUCUUACACAUUUUAAUCAAUAUCAGUGGACUGUUAAACUUUAUACAAGUUUUCUCAUGUUGUAUUUAUAUGAAGAUUUUAUAAUAAUGGCCGGUGAUUAUUGUGGUGUUUUAAGAUUUGACUACUGUCAAUAAAUAUUCUCAAAUACGGUUUUCAUAUUUGUAUAUAAUUGCAUGUUUGUUGUCAUUAAAGUAAACCCAAACGUAAGUGCUCACUCCUCAGCACCCUAAUUAGGACAAACCAGUAAUUUUAGAUACAAGUUGAUGGUAAUUAAAUAUACAAUGUACGUGCAAGUUAUUUGAUGUUUUUAGUGAAUUUUUAUGUGGUCAUCUCUUAUUAAUUAUCAACUCUAUUUUAAAAACGAAGAGAAAAAUAAAUAAAAAUAAAAGAAACAUAUAUAUAUGGAUAACGUUACAGAACACAAUCAUUCUGCCAUAUUUCUUAACAUGAAAAUUACAGUUAAUAUACAAAAGUUAUUAAAAGAGUUUGGAAACUUUUUUUUUUUAAAUGAAGAAAACAUAUGGUAUAUGAAAUAGAUAUUGUCAUGCAGUUAUUUUUACAUAUGUGGAGGCAUCCCGUUUUGGUUUCUUCUGCCAGCUGAAAUUUGGAGUGGACCUUGACUCUAUUGAACAAUUUGAUGGUUUAAUACUAAUAAUUUUCAAUAACAGUGUCCUAAUUACGGUAGUGUGAUAUAAAGUGAUAUUAGCAUGGUUUUUAUACUGUAUUUUAGUCGGUGAACAAUUUAUACUUGUGUGUGAUACAGAGUCUUUACUACUGUGUGUAGGCUUAUUUUACAGACUGCUAUUCUUAUCAAAUCUAUGUAUAAUUUCAUCAAAGAGUUCUUAUCAAAUCUAUGUAUAAUUUCAUUAAAUGUAGUUUUCUCCCA